CUCUUAGGCCCGGCCAUUCCUGCCAUUACCUCGGACUUUCGGACGCUCGACCAUAUCAGUUGGUAUACAAGCGCCUACCUGCUGACACAGAUGCCAUUCCAGCUCGUCUUCGGCCGAGUCCUGGGAUUUUUCGAGCCAAAGCUGUUCUACAUGGCAGCGAUGCUUGUAUUCGAGGUUGGCUCGGUCUUGUGUGCCACGGCACCGAGCUCAGCAGUUUUCAUCCUAGGUCGGGCAGUCUCCGGUGUCGGGGCAGCGGGCAUCAUGGCUGGCGGCUUCGCCAUCCUCGGGCACACACCCAUGCGCGAGCGGCCCCGGCUAAUGGCUUUCUUCUUCGCGAUGCAGUCGGUCGCCUAUACGGCGGGGCCUAGCAUCAGCGGAGCCCUAACGGACUCAUAUCUCACCUGGCGUUUCAACUUCUGGAUUCAGUUGCCCCUAGGAGUCGUGGCCCUUGCAACGUUCCACUUCGUCGUCGACAGCGUUCCUAACCCCAACUGCGACCUGCCUCUCCUUACGAAGCUCAACAGGUGUGACCCAAUUAGCACAGGGCUGUUGAUGUCCUGGUUGGUGCUCCUGUUCCUUGCCCUCGAGUGGGGGGGCAGCAGUCUUCCCUACUCGUCUCCGCAGGUCUGGGGAUGCCUGCUCGGCGCGGGGCUACUUGCUAUAGCCUUUGCGGCUUUGCAGGUCCGAAAGAAAGACGACGGCCUUGUGCCCCUCCGGUUAAUCAACCAGCGCACUGUAGCUUGCUGCUGUGCCUUCUCGGCGCUCUACGGCGCCGCCAACGUUACGCACAUUACCCUGCUCCCGACAUAUCUGCAGACCGUGCACGACAUCAGCGCCACCUUGUCCGGCGUCUACCAGCUGCCAAUCACCUUUUCCAACAUUAUCAGCGUCGCCAUAUCCUCCCAAGCCAUAAGCACGUGGGGCCACUUUCUCCCCUUCCUCCGCGCGGGGCCCCUCGUCUACCUUGUGGGCUCCGUGCUCUUCCAGCAACUCCGCACCACGAGCGGCCCCGCGUGGUACAUUGGCUCCGAGAUCCCCAUUGGCGCUGGGUUCGGCUUGGCUAUCCACUCGUCCGUCCUGGCGAUCCAGGUCGUGGUCUCUCCCCAUGAUAUGCCGCUGGCCGCAGUCAUGGAGUUGUUCUCACAGCAGCUCGGGCGCGCGGUGGGGAUCAGCAUCGCGCAGUCCAUAUUCGUGCAGAAUCUGCAAGCCGGUCUGCGCGGUGUCGUCGAUGCAAGCGGCGGCAACAGUAGCACCAGCAGCAGCAACAGCAGCAUCGUGAGCGACUUGGCCGGCCAGGGUCUGCAGGAGAUGAUAGACAGCAUGAAGGCGCUGGAGCCCGCGUCUCAGGCAGCAGUGCGUGAGGUGCUCAACGGAGCUCUUACUACCGCGUUCAUCCUGCCGGUCGCAGCAACAGCCGGGGCUGCCGUGCUGACGUGGUUUGUGGAGACCAGGACUAUCGACGUCUCAAAGAAGGCAGGCAGGGCGAGCGGCGGUGAUGAUGCAGAGCAGACUCAGAUUAAGAGUGGGGGUCGUCAGGGAGAAGACACGACUGUCGCAGCAAUCGGCGAAAAAAACACGGAUCGAACUGCGCCAGAAGUUGCUCCUGGUGAUGAUGCAAGAGUCGACGCCAGUGGUGGUGUAAAGGGGGGGCUGACAGCAGCCAGGGUUAAUACUCGCAAGGAUAAUCGUGGCUCAAGUUAUUGA